AUGGACAAACACUUCUUGUUGGUCUUCUCCCUCUUCUGCUUCAUUGCAGCAGUGACACCACUGAGAUGUGUAACGUGCCACCUUCACACGCAGACAGAUCGCUGUAGAAGAGGUUUUGGUAUGUGUGUUGCUCAGGAGCACGAGAGAUGCAUGAUCUUAAAGAUCUUCCAGGAUAACGUUCUCCAAUUAUCAUAUAUGGUGUGUCAAAAAUUCUGCAGAGACUUGACAUAUCAUCUCAACAGUCGGAUUUAUGUUCAUAAAUGCUGCGACGAAAAUUAUUGUAACUUCCAACUCUAAGAUAUUUGCCCUCCUGAAGUCUCACUUUAGGAUGUUAUUGCUGUUUCUCCCCCUUCACACUCUACCUGCGCCUGCUUUCCUUCCCUGUCUGUCCUGGAAGUACCCCAGCUCUCUCUUUAAUUCAAUGUCAUCCUUCCUUGUGCCUCCAGCUUGGUUCCUACAUCAGUCAGAGGACGCUAACUCUGAAAAAUGGAUUUCUCCCAUUACAGGCAUUGACAUUUCCAUACUCCAAGAAGCCUGCCCCAAGAGGUUCAGUCCCAUAAAAUUUAAAACCAGACCGUUCUAGAACCUUGUGACUAGCUUGGAUAGUUGAGGUAGACUAGAAAUCCUUCAGCUGAAAAUUCACACAUGUUUUUAUCUAAAACUCCCAUUUAUCAUUACUGUAAUUAAGCAGAAAUAGCAGCAAAAAUGGUGGUGGGCACUAAAGAUUUUCCUCUAUAGACAAGAAGUUAUUUUCCCCAGUGGACAGUGUCCAUUUCAGACUCAGUCAUGAUUUUUUUUUUGGCAUUUACAAAGUACAUCCAUAUACAAUGUUAGUAGGAAACAGCAAAUAAGGGAUUUCCUGCCUCUGUGACAUUCACAGCUCACACGUGGCCACUUCUAGGUCUGUCAAGAUGUGCAUUCAAGAUAUAUCGCAACUCUCCUAAUCUUUCUCUAUUCCUUUCUUCCUUUGUCCUCCACCUCCACCAUCACCUUCCCAGCAACCCACGUCAUUGCUAUACAAAUUCUCCCUCUUUUGAUUACCCAAGUCACUUAAUGAAUACUUUGUUUGACACUCUCUCAUGGUGAAUCAUUUCUUUGUCUGAUUUGCCCCAGUAUGUUAUAAAUCAGAGCAGGAACAGGUGCCAUGCCUUACUCAUCUCUGUUGCCUUUAGUUGGCCAGUGAAACUUUAUUGUGUUUAUUGUGUAAAGUUGAUGGAAUUUUUCUCAUCCAUCUGUUUAAUUUGUAGGAUUUAUGAUGCCUUCAUGCUUUUUCUGG